UCUCGGAAAAUAAAUCCAAGCCCUCAUAAGCUUUAAAAGGGUCUUCUGAAUCCCUCCAGGACUGUAUGAUCUGACUUAUAACUUCCUUCCUGAUUUGUUUCUUGUGUUUUCUCUUUUUUGAUCAGCUGUUUAUUCUACCCGUAAAUUUUUUGUUGAUUAUAAUUUUCUUUUCUUCAGCUUAGUGCUUCCUUUGAGACUCUGAGAAAAUCGAUAAGGAUUUUCCGGGUGAUAAAUACACAAAUCUGAGGCUGUUGAUCGUAUUAUUUGAAGAUCACAGCUCCCUAUUCUUGUUUAAUUGCUUGUUUUCGAAGUGACAAGAUUUUCAUCCUCUUUUUUUCCCUGGGAUUUUUCUUGUUUGAAUCUGGUUCUAGUUUCCUCGUUAAUGGAGUCGAUUUCUGUGCAAUCUGGUUCUAGUUUCCUCGUUAUUUGAAGAUCACAGCUCCCUAUUCUUGUUUAAUUGCUUGUUUUCGAAGUGACAAGAUUUUCAUCCUCUUUUUUUCCCUGGGAUUUUUCUUGUUUGAAUCUGGUUCUAGUUUCCUCGUUAAUGGAGUCGAUUUCUGUGCAAUCUGGUUCUAGUUUCCUCGUUAUUUGAAGAUCACAGCUCCCUAUUCUUGUUUAAUUGCUUGUUUUCGAAGUGACAAGAUUUUCAUCCUCUUUUUUUCCCUGGGAUUUUUCUUGUUUGAAUCUGGUUCUAGUUUCCUCGUUAAUGGAGUCGAUUUCUGUGCAAUCUGGUGUAGCAGAACAAUCUAUGUCUCCUUACAAGCAGAUGAAAAACCCGAAGAGAAACGCUCGCGCUUUCACUGCAAAACCCAGUGAAAACUUGGCUCCGACAAACGUCAUCCAUGGAGGAUCAUCAGGAGGCGUCUUCUUUCCUCCUCCAUUUUCGCUCUCCUUUUCUUACCCUCCAUCACCUUUCAAACCCCUUUAUAAUCAAAUUCAACAACCGCCUCUUCUUCCUCUACCAGUCGUCCAUGGACACACUCAACAAUCUCCCAAAGAUCUAAGACGAGGCAUCUCUUGCCCUCCCACCAUCAGAAAAACCAGUACGCCCAAGAAAUCAAAAGAACCCAGCAAGAAAAUAAAAGAAACGUGGAAGCAAAAGGAGUCAACUGCAACCCACGCAGUACCGGAGUCGUUCCCAUUAGGACCCGACCCGAAUGAUCUUCCGAAACUCCUUACACCAUUAGCAGCAGCAGCAGCAGGAGGCAGUGAAAGGAAAGAGGUGGAUGAGUUUUCGGGUUCGUUAUUUACAGUGUCGCCACCACCCAGCAGCUUGCCGUUGCCACGAUUUUCCAUGAGAUCGAAGCUGAGUUGCAAUGCAGAAGCGGCAGGAAUCGACGCCGGGGCAACUGAUAAUCUGCGGCGACUGUUGCGUCUCAGAUGAGAGAGGAACGAUUUGAUGAAAAAUUCAUAU